AUGGGGCAGAACAUCAUAUUAGAAAGGUGUAGCGGUCACGCAGUCAAGUGCUUCACUGGUGGUUCUCGAAAAAGCAACGAGUCGCAGUGUCCGAUGCUUCAAAGAAGUGAAAAAUCAGCAUCGUCUUCAACAACGACACCACUACCAGCCGCCAAAUCCGCGGUGAAUCGCAAACAUCAAAACAGCACAUGUAGCGUAACCAAUUCACCGCAUCAGAAGAAGCUGAGAUUUCAAUUGGCUAAGGAAAGGAAAGCAAGCACGACUCUAGGAAUAAUAAUGAGCGCCUUUAUUAUAUGCUGGCUGCCAUUUUUUUUGCUUGCAUUAGUCAGGCCAUUCUUGCCUGAUUCUGAUGCAAUCCCUGCAACCCUUUCUAGUGUCUUCCUGUGGCUCGGCUACUGCAACAGCCUUUUAAAUCCAAUAAUCUACGCAACACUGAACAGGGAUUUCCGAAAGCCCUUCAGAGAAAUCCUAUUCUUCCGCUGCGGCGACCUAAAUCACAUGAUGAGAGAAGAAUUUUAUCACAGCCAGUAUGGUGACCCCGUCAACAAAUACAUCAGGUCAGCUGACAAUGAGAGUGGAGGUCGUGCUGAAAAUAAUUUGGUUGAUUCCAUCGAUGUGGCAGCUAAUAUACCCAAUGAAAGUUUUCUAUGA